UCGUCGCCUCUAUUUCUUAACACAUCUGUGAUCAUCUCUUUAAUAGUUCUCAGGUCAUUUUCAGCGUAUCCAUCGUCAUUCGAUUCAUCGAUCUCAUUAUCGUCCUCCUUAUCUGUCUCACCAACUUCGGAAUCAUCACUGUCGUCGGCUUUGUCCUCUCCAUCAGCAUCAGCAUCAGCAUCAUCAUCAUCAUCAUCAUCAUCAUCGCUUUCUUCGCCACUGUCAUUACCAUCUUCAUCAUCUUCAUCAUCAUCAACGUCUUCGCUAUCUUCGCCACUAUCAUCUCCAUCGUCAUCGUCGCUGUCUUCGCCACUGUCAUCUUCAUCGUCAUCGUCGCUGUCUACAGCACCGUCAUCUUCGUCGUCAUCGGCGUCGUCUUCGUUACUAUCAUCUUCAUCGUCAUCAUCACUAUCUACGGCACUGUCGUCGCCAUCACCGUCAUCGCUAUCUUCGCCGCUAUCAUCUCCUACGUCAUUAUCGGCAUCUUCACCACUGUCGUCCCCAUCGUCAUCUUUAUCGUCAUCACCGUCAUCUUCAACACUAUCAUCUUCAUCUUCACCAUCUUCGUCUUCGCCACUAUCGUCUCCAUCGUCAUCAUCGUUGUCUUCGCCACUGUCAACUUCAUCGUCAUCACUGUCGUCUUCGUCACUCUCAUCUUCAUCAAUAUCAUCGUCGACCUCGCCAAUGUCAUCUUCGUCUUCGCCUUCAUCAUCGUUGUCUUCGCUGCUGUCAUCUCCGUCGUCAUCGUCGUCGUCACCACUGUCUUCUCCAUCGUCAUCAUCUUCAUCUUCGCCACUGUCAUCUCCGUCGUCGUCAUCAUCAUCAUCAUCAUCAUCUUCGCCACUGUCGUCGCCUUCGUCAUCAUCAUCAUCAUCAUCUUCGCCAUUGUCGUCGUCAUCGUCGUCUUCGCCACUGUCAUCAUCAACGACGUCAUCGUCGUCUUCACCACUGUCAUCUUCAUCGUCAUCAUCGUUUUCGCCGCUAUCAUCUCCAUCGUCAACAUCGUCAUCUUCGUUUUCUCCACUGUCAUUAUCAUCAUCAUCAUCAUCGUCAUCGUCAUCGUCAUCUUCACCACUUUCAUCAUCGACGUCUUCCCCACCGUCAUCACCAUCUUCACCAUCUUUAUCUUCCCCACUGUCAUCUCCAUCGCCAUCAUUAUCAUCAUCAUCUUCUCCACUGUCUUCGUCAUCGUCAUCAUCGUCGUCUUCACCACUGUCAUCAUCAGCAUCAACAUCAUCGUCGUCUUCACUACUAUCAUCUUCACCGUCAUCAUUGCUUUCUUCUCCACUGUCAUCUUCACCGCCAUCAUCGUCCUCUCCAUCGUCAUCGUUGUCAUUCUCACCACUGUCAUCUUCGUUGUCAUCAUCAUCAUCUUCCCCACUUUCGUCUUCAUCGUCAUCAACGCCAUCUUCCCCGCUGUCAUCUACAUCCUCAUCGUCAUUAUUGUCGCCACCGUCAUCUCCAUCGUCAUCAUCGUCAUCUUCACUACUGUCACCUUCAACGUCAUCAUCCUCAUCUUCGCCACUGUCGUUUUCAUCGUCAUCACUUGCAUCUUCCCUGUUGUCAUCUUCAUCAUCAUCAUCGUCAUCUUCGACACCAUCCUCUUCAUCGUCAACAUCGCCAUCUUCACCACUGUCAUCUUCAUCGUCAUCAUCGUCAUCCUCACCACUGUCACCUUCAUCACCAUCGUCGUCGUCUUCGGCACUUUCAUCUCCAUCUUCAUCAUCGUUAUCAUCAUCUUCGCCGUUUUCGUCUUUAUCGUCAUCAUCGUCAUCAUCAUCACCCUCGCCACUGUCUUCAUCGUCAUCAUCGUCAUCUUCGCCACUGUCAUCGUCAUCAUCGUCAUCUUCACCACUGUCUCCUUCAUCGCCAUCAUCGUCAUCUUCGCCACUGUCAUCUUCAUUGUCAUCAUCAUCAUCUUCACCACUGUCAUCUUCAUCGUCACUAUCAUCAUCUUCACCACUGUCACCUUCAUUGCCAUCGUCGUCGUCUUCGCCACUGUCGUCUUCAUCGUCAUCACUUGCAUCUUCCCCGUUGUCAUCUUCAUCGUCAUCAUCGUCAUCUUCGACACCAUCCUCUUCAUCGUCAACAUCGCCAUCUUCACCACUGUCAUCUUCAUCGUCAUCAUCGUCAUCCUCACCACUGUCACCUUCAUCACCAUCGUCGUCGUCUUCGGCACUUUCAUCUCCAUCUUCAUCAUCGUUAUCAUCAUCUUCGCCGUUUUCGUCUUUAUCGUCAUCAUCGUCAUCAUCAUCACCCUCGCCACUGUCUUCAUCGUCAUCAUCGUCAUCUUCGCCACUGUCAUCGUCAUCAUCGUCAUCUUCACCACUGUCUCCUUCAUCGCCAUCAUCGUCAUCUUCGCCACUGUCAUCUUCAUUGUCAUCAUCAUCAUCUUCACCACUGUCAUCUUCAUCGUCACUAUCAUCAUCUUCACCACUGUCACCUUCAUUGCCAUCGUCGUCGUCUUCGCCACUGUCGUCUUCAUCGUCAUCACUUGCAUCUUCCCCGUUGUCAUCUUCAUCGUCAUCAUCGUCAUCUUCGACACCAUCCUCUUCAUCGUCAACAUCGCCAUCUUCACCACUGUCAUCUUCAUCGUCAUCAUCGUCAUCCUCACCACUGUCACCUUCAUCACCAUCGUCGUCGUCUUCGGCACUUUCAUCUCCAUCUUCAUCAUCGUUAUCAUCAUCUUCGCCGUUUUCGUCUUUAUCGUCAUCAUCGUCAUCAUCAUCACCCUCGCCACUGUCUUCAUCGUCAUCAUCGUCAUCUUCGCCACUGUCAUCGUCAUCAUCGUCAUCUUCACCACUGUCUCCUUCAUCGCCAUCAUCGUCAUCUUCGCCACUGUCAUCUUCAUUGUCAUCAUCAUCAUCUUCACCACUGUCAUCUUCAUCGUCACUAUCAUCAUCUUCACCACUGUCACCUUCAUUGCCAUCGUCGUCGUCUUCGCCACUGUCGUCUUCAUCGUCAUCACUUGCAUCUUCCCCGUUGUCAUCUUCAUCGUCAUCAUCGUCAUCUUCGACACCAUCCUCUUCAUCGUCAACAUCGCCAUCUUCACCACUGUCAUCUUCAUCGUCAUCAUCGUCAUCCUCACCACUGUCACCUUCAUCACCAUCGUCGUCGUCUUCGGCACUUUCAUCUCCAUCUUCAUCAUCGUUAUCAUCAUCUUCGCCGUUUUCGUCUUUAUCGUCAUCAUCGUCAUCAUCAUCACCCUCGCCACUGUCUUCAUCGUCAUCAUCGUCAUCUUCGCCACUGUCAUCGUCAUCAUCGUCAUCUUCACCACUGUCUCCUUCAUCGCCAUCAUCGUCAUCUUCGCCACUGUCAUCUUCAUUGUCAUCAUCAUCAUCUUCACCACUGUCAUCUUCAUCGUCACUAUCAUCAUCUUCACCACUGUCACCUUCAUUGCCAUCGUCGUCGUCUUCGCCACUGUCGUCUUCAUCGUCAUCACUUGCAUCUUCCCCGUUGUCAUCUUCAUCGUCAUCAUCGUCAUCUUCGACACCAUCCUCUUCAUCGUCAACAUCGCCAUCUUCACCACUGUCAUCUUCAUCGUCAUCAUCGUCAUCCUCACCACUGUCACCUUCAUCACCAUCGUCGUCGUCUUCGGCACUUUCAUCUCCAUCUUCAUCAUCGUUAUCAUCAUCUUCGCCGUUUUCGUCUUUAUCGUCAUCAUCGUCAUCAUCAUCACCCUCGCCACUGUCUUCAUCGUCAUCAUCGUCAUCUUCGCCACUGUCAUCGUCAUCAUCGUCAUCUUCACCACUGUCUCCUUCAUCGCCAUCAUCGUCAUCUUCGCCACUGUCAUCUUCAUUGUCAUCAUCAUCAUCUUCACCACUGUCAUCUUCAUCGUCACUAUCAUCAUCUUCACCACUGUCACCUUCAUUGCCAUCGUCGUCGUCUUCGGCACUUUCGUCUCCAUCGUCAUCACCGUCAUCAUCAUCCUCGCCACUUUCAGCUUCAUCGUCAUCAUCAUCACCUUCGCCACUGUCAUCUUCAUCGCCAUCAUCGUCAUCUUCGCCACUGUCAUCUUCAUCGUCAUCAUCGUCAUCUUUGUUACUGUCAUCAUCAUCGUUAUCAUCAGCCUCAUCGUCGCCACUGUCAUUUCCAUCCUCAUCAUCGUCAUCUUCGCCACUAUCAUCUUCAUCGUUAUCAUUAUCAUCAUCAUCAUCAUUAUCUUCACCACUGUCACCUCCAUCGUCAUCUUCGUCGUCUUCGCCACUAUCAUCUUCAUUUUCAUCAUCGUCUUCUCCACCGCUAUCAUCUUCGUCGUCGUCCUCAUCGUCGUCGUCAUCAUUGUCGUCGUCGCCACUAUCAUUUUCAUCGUCAUCACCGUCCUCGCCACUGUCUUCGCUAUCGUCAUCAUCAUCAUCAUCAUUAUCUUCGCCACUGUCGUCUUCAUCAUCAUCGUCGUUGUCUUCUUCACUGUCAUUAUCAUCGUCAUUAUCAUCGUCCUCGCCACUGUCAUCCCCAUCGUCAUCAUCGCCAUCUACGCCACUGUCAUCUUCAUCGUCAUCAUCUUCUUCGCCGCUGUCAUCUUCAUCGUCAUUAUCAUCGUCCUCGCCACUGUCAUCACCAUCGUCAUCAUCGUCAUCUACGCCACUGUCAUCUUCAUUGUCAUCAUCUUCUUCACCACUGUCGUCUUCAUCGUCUCCUUCAUCGCCUUCAUCCUCUUUGUCGCUAUCUUCGUCAAUGUCAUCUCCAUCAUCUUCAUCAUCCCUGUCUUCCUCACUGUCUUCUACAUUGUCUUCAUCAUUGUCUUCGCUAGUGUCAUCUCCGUCGUCAUCAUCACUGUCUUCUUUGUCGCUGUCUUCGUUACUUUCUAGAUCUAAAUAA